AACAUAUAGAUAACAUAAAACAUUUAUAUUUUUCUUGUGUAACAAGAAAGAAGAAAAUGUUUGAGCAAGUGGAAAAUGAGAUCAAAAAAUUAAAGUAUUUUUUAGCUGAAAUCAAGGAAAAUAGAGAGGAAAAUUACUUGCAAUUAGAAGAUCGAGUGAAGCAAUAUAAGAACAAAAUAAAGAAAUAUCAAAAGGAAACUGAAGAACUAACUUCAUCCAAUAUAAAUGAUCAUCCAACAAUAAUUGAGCUUGUUAAAGAAGUAGAAGAAUUAACAAUUGCUGCACAAAAUGUUGCUGAAGAAAAUAUUAAAAAAAAGAAGUAUAUACACGAUAAAGAAAACUAUGUUCAAAAGGUGUUUCAAGAUAUAGCUGUUAAGGAGCAAGUAGCAGAAAAUAAAUCUAAGAAAAUAAUGAAGGGUUUGCGUUUUUUUGAAGAAAACCUUGGUCUACGUAUAAUUAGAUAUCCAGAUUCCCAUCUGAAGUUCACUUUCACAUGCAUUGAUGAAGCUGAUAUUGAUAGAGAGUUUUCUUUUCAUUUGACCUUGGUUGAAUCAAAGAAAGAUAAUACCGUUUUAUAUGAAGUGUUCGAAUGCAAUCCACAACUGCCGAUGUUAGAAAAUAUUGUGAAAGAACUUAAUCUAUCGAAUAACCUUCGCAAAUUUUUGUGUGCCGUUAGAAGAGAAUUUCAAGCAGCCAUUGUUUAAAUUUUAACUUUCAAUGGAUAAUUAUUUAUACUGUAAACUAUUGUAUAUAAUAAUAGUGUAUAUAAGUUAACAUAAUUAUAUUUAAGAUUUUCCGCGUUUUAGCUUUUGUUGUUAACUCGACUGCUAAUUAACUUGUACCUAAGUUUCGAAAGCGCACUAUUGACAAGCAAUUUUGUUAUGUUUUGUUAUUAAAAAAACUUCUAUAAAAUUCUGCUAGAACCUUUUUGCAUCUUCUAGAUAUGCUCCUGCAUAAUAUUAUUAAAGAAAUUCAAUCUAACUCACUACGUUUGUUAACGUAAACAAAAGCAGUAAAGUGUUCAAUGAGGCCCAUAAAGAAAUAGACUAGAUUUUUAGUUUUUGUGCAAACAAUUAAAGGUCUUUGUUAUUCUAUUAAGUUAUUAUUAUUUUAUUUAUUUUUAUUUUUUAUUUAUUAUUAUUUA